UUGUACAGAAAAACUGUGGGAAGGACUGUGUUCAGAAAAGCUCAUUUUUCUUAUCAGUUACGUUAUGUCAUCGUUCACCGGAGUCGCUUAUUUCUCCAGUGGACACCGGGAAACAGUGAAACAGACUUAACAUUUUGCGAGAGCCCAAUUCGACCCCUCUCCAUAGACACUCGUAGAAGAGAGCCCUAUCCCACGAUGCCUUGUGCGCAGCUGGGCGGAAGUGAAAGCAGCGUGGGCACCCAAGCAGGAGCACGUUUCUUCUGCUCAACAAUUGAAAAGCUGCGCAGCCGGGUAGUCUUUAUAUUUCUGAUCAUUGGGUGUGAUUUCUGCUGGUAGAAAUCUGUGGGUGUUAGUAAGUUUUUAAUGCAAGUGAGUCUGAAAUCAGUGAUCGUACCGGUGACUUAGCUGUUGGUGAAAUAAAUGAAAUAGCGGAAUGUCUGCACAAAAACGGGAUGAACAGAAACUGCAACUCGUUUCAGGCCAGUUCCGUCUUAUUUAACCCCAGAUCAGCCUGGCUGUAUCUCAUUCCACGCGAGACGCUGCGUGCGUGGGGCUGUCAGUGAAGAAGACGUUGAAGGGAGUUGCUUUGCGUUCGGCAGAUCUCUCGGCGCGAAUGCUUAUUCGUUAUUGUUUGCAGCGCCAGCUGAUGCAGGGGUACGCAGAGACUGAAUUUGGGAUGCUCGCACUGAUUUGCAGGUAGCUGUACCCCUCUCUGCACCCUUUCUCACUGUGAAGGGGGCGCCCUGCUUGUAAACGUCCCAACAGAAACCAUCUUAAAUGGCCGAUCCAGCGCGGGUCGUGUGCGCACUGAAGAGAGCCAGUGUGUCGAGCCUGGAGGGCUGUGAACCAAAAACACGAAAGCUGAGCGCGACCGCGGAUGAAAUCAUCGAUGAAUCCUCCCAUCAUGCACCGCACACGAAGGGCUUCCCUCGGCUCUCUGUGCCUUCCUGCCAGCCUCUGUGUGCCAUCAGCCACGAGCAGGUGUGUGAGCUGCUGCAGUUUGCUGCCCUGGGUAAAGACCAUGGUGUGAAACAGCCCAGCUGGUGUCAUCUUCGCCAUCAGAGACGGCUCUCGGGAGUCAGUGUGAUUGUCUUACAAGGUGUCAGUCAGCUCCACUUCUACAGAUACUACCUGCAGCUGGGGAACAUCGGGAGGAGAUUCCAGCUGAGAUGCAGCCUGCCUCCCCCGCCUCCUGAUUUUCUCUCCACAGUGCUGGCUGCUCGGGGCGCUGCUUCAGCAGACAGGACACGGGAGCAGCCCACAGCACAGGACUCCUUGUGCUCCUCUGGGACGGUCCGGCUGCACUGUGAGCCUGGCUCAGACAAGCCCGGGCUCACCCGCUAUCUGCUGAGCAGAGAGGACAGGGAACGGUACAACUUCCCCCGGGAAGGGGCUCCAGGCUGUGAACUCUACGUUUCCACCGAGUGCGAUGGCCAGGUUACGGACAGCAGCCCACUCCUCGGUCUUGACUGUGAAAUGUGCCUGACGGAGAAGGGGAAGGAGCUGACUCGGGUCUCGCUUGUGGAUGGGGCAGGACGCUGCAUCAUGGACGAGCUCGUCAAACCAGAGAACAGGAUCCUGGACUAUCUCACCAGGUUCUCCGGAAUCACGAAGGUGCUGCUGAACCCAGUAAGAACGCGGCUUCAGGACGUCCAGGCCAGGCUGAAGCAGCUCCUGCCCCGCGACGCUGUGCUUGUGGGCCACUCCCUGGACUGUGACCUGCGGGCGUUGCAGAUGACCCACCCCUUCGUCAUCGACAGCUCCUUGUUGUUCAUGCGGGAAUUCGGCCUCCGCUUCAAACUGAAGUUCCUCGCAGAGGCUGUGCUGGGCCGGCAGAUCCAGUGCGAGGACAGGGAGGGCCACGAUCCCACAGAGGAUGCACGGGCUGCGCUGGAACUGGCCCAGUACUUCAUCAGAGAGGGACCCGACCAGGUUGCACAGCUGAGCUUAGAGGAUUUACUGAAGAGGCAGAGUGACGGCAAUAAGCAAGUAAAUGGGUCCUCGCUGGCUGGUUCAUGCAAGCCGCUCAACGGAGCAGGGAAUGGAAUGCACGCUCCGCGACGCAGCAGUCUUCUAGAUAAUCUGCAUGCGGCGGGUUUGUCAGGAAUUCACAUUGUCAGAAAAGGGCAGGAGGAUAGAAUCGCUUGUCCAAAAAGGUGGCCUAGGAUAGAGUACAGCUGCGAGACAGAGCUUCUGGCAAAGGCUAGCGGUGAAAUCCCAGCCAGCUUCUUCAGCAUGGUCCAGUGUUCUUCCUUCUCUGAAUACGCUCAGUCGAACCCGAGUCUGUGGGGCGCUUCUCGGCGACAGAUGCAGGGCAGGCUGGCAGAGAUGUGCACAGUCUACGCUGGGCCCUUUCCCAGGGAUUUCACACUGAAGUCUGCCAGGAGGCUGCUGCGACGCUGUGGGCCCAUUCGAUCCAUGAAGCUGAUCAGCGGCAGCCACAAGCCCUAUGUAGCCGUUGAGUAUGAGGUCCUGGAAGCAGCUCAGCUGGCCGUGGAGGUCCUCAAUGGUUCGGAGUUGGAGGGCAGCUUUAUAAAGGUGCAGAGGCCCGUUACAGAGACAGCGGUGGACUGGGACGAUCUCUUCCAUGCCCUGGAGAGAGACGCGCUCAACGAGAAGCUGGUUUACGUGGCAGGAUUGUCGAAGAGCCUGACCCAGGAGGCCCUGCUCCAGCGCUUCCGUGAAUUCGGACACGUCGAGUCCGUUCUCCUGCCCCGGGAUCCUUCGGGAGGAAAGCACCGGAGAUAUGGAUUUAUCAAGUUCCAGGGUUCCCUCAGUGCCACAGCUGCCUUGUCUUCCGAGAUCGUUCUGAAAAGACGAAGACUUCUGAAGUGCCGUGCGGUGACUCCCUUCCACCUUCACACGUGGAGCAGCCAGCUGUCCUGCAGGGCCCUGGAGCACACAGCUUCCCAGCACAGCCCGGCGGGAGGCUGUGCCCAGCAGGAACCGCCAGGCACUCAGGAGGAUGAGGUUAAAGAGCUGAUGAUGAGAUUGGACCGGACGGUGGAGAGACUGUACAGCGAAGCUCUCCCCAGUGGAACACUGUGUGUACUGCUGCUUCCUGGAGAGAGCAGCGAUGAUGGGAAUCUGCCAGGUCUGCUCAUGGCUGGGAUUAAAGAGGAUUCCUCUGACGUGGGAUGAAGCACUCUGACCGGGAGUGUGAGACUGCAGGGCUGCCAAGAGGAAGCAGAGGACGGGAGCACCAGCUGCCUCUGGGCUUCCGAAAUCAACGUGUAGCAAUCACCAGCUCCCAAGUGUGGGCGUGCGAUUCCUUUUAAUAACCGAAAUGGCUUAAACAAGAAGGUCUUUUUGAUACUCCUUUUUUUCAUAUGUCAGGUGCUGUGAUAUGAAGUAAGAAUGUAAUCCCAAAUAGAAUAAUAAAGCGCUUUUAUUUUGCAGUAGAUUUUAUAAAAGAUUUACGCUGUGU